AAUGAGUAUAACCAUAAAUAGAAGAAGUAAAAUACGUAGAUUAGAAUGCGAUUAGUAUACGGAAUGAAUAAAAUAAGUAAAUAAAUGAGAAGGAUUUGAAAGAGAGGAGGAGGAAGAGAAGAAUGCAAUUAAUCAAUGGUGUGGCGCUGCUGAGAAUAUUGUAUACGAAAGCCGCGGCGGCCACCGUAUCGACGUCCACAGGUGUAGAAUUCGGCACCUUUCUGUGGUACAGCUACGCCGGAAUAUCAUGCUUCUUGGUAGUCUUCGCCGGAAUUUGUUCGGGCCUCACCUUGGCCCUCAUGCCCUUGGGACAAGUCGAGCUCGAGGUCCUCCGCCGCAGUGGCUCCCCAUCCGAGAAGAAACAGGCUGUUGCAAUACUUCCAGUGGUUCAGAAGCAGCACCAGCUUCUCGUGACAUUGCUUUUAUGUAAUGCUGUUGCAAUGGAGGCCCUUCCACUGUACUUGGAUAAGAUGUUCAAUCCAUUUGUUGCUAUUAUAAUGUCCGUGACUUUUGUUCUAAUUUUUGGGGAGGUUAUUCCUCAAGCCAUAUGUGCUAGAUAUGGGCUUGCUGUGGGUGCAAAUUUGAUUUGGCUAGUGCAAGUAAUGUUGGUUAUAUGCUAUCCUAUUUCUUACCCCAUUGGAAAGCUACUGGAUUGGGCGCUUGGACAUAGUGAGCCACUUUUCAGAAGAGAUCAGUUGAAGGCUUUUGUGUCUAUUCAUGGAGAGGAGGCGGGGAAAGGUGGCGAACUCACACAUGAUGAGACGACUAUUAUCAGUGGAGCACUAGAUUUAACCAAGAAGAUCGCUGAGGAGGCCAUGACGCCAAUCGAGUCUACAUUUUCUUUGGAUUUGGACUCAAACUUGGACUGGGAAGCUAUUAGUAGGAUCAUGGCUAGUGGCCAUAGUCGAAUUCCUGUCUAUCAUGGGAGCCCAAGGAACAUCAUGGGAGUUUUACUGGUAAAGAGUCUCCUCACAGUGAGACCAGAAACAGCUACACCAGUAAGCAAUGUUUCCAUUCGUAGAAUCCCUUGUGUUCCAGCAGAUAUGCCUCUGUAUGACAUACUGAACGAGUUUCAGAAAGGCAGCAGUCACAUGGCUGCUGUGGUAAAAUCGAAAGGAACUAGAACAAGGCCUUCGUUUGUUGAUGCUAGGAAUGAGAACUCAAACAUGGACUCAAGCUUGAUCACUCCGUUGCUGUCAAAUAGAGUGGACAAGACAGAUAGUGUAGCUAUUGAUAUCUACCCGGACUCAACGCCGAGUGAAUCAGAAGAUGGUGAAGUUGUUGGCAUCAUCACUUUAGAAGAUGUAUUUGAAGAACUUCUGCAGGAGGAAAUUGUUGACGAGACUGAUGAAUUUGUUGAUGUGCACAAAAGAAUACGCGUGAUGGCAGCUGCUUCAUUGGUGCAAUCUCCAUCCUUUAGGAGGAUAGCUAUGCAGAAAGGAGUUUAUAAACCCACGUCAAAUCCCAGAAAAUCAAAUGAGUUCGGCACCCUUGCAUCGUCAUUUGUAAGAAGCUUUGGAGACGCACAUUCUUCAAAUGAUCGAUGAAGAGAGAGGGCUGCUUGAGUUGAGUCCAUUUUGUUGGUAGAGAAAGUAGGUGUAUAUUCUAAUGUUUGGUAGGAGUACAUACAACUCAAUAGGAAUAGUCUGAGCUCAGCUUCAUAAUUUGAAUCAAAUGGAGUUGGAUGAAUUGUUGGUUAUAUAUCAGCCUUACAAUAGAGAAACAGCUAGUUUAUCCAAUUCCAGCAACAAAUAAUUGACAUAGUUAUUCUUUUAGGUGGUGAUGUUUCAAUUAUUAUUUUCUACUUAAAUCAUUCUCUAUUUGAGACCCAGAAGUAUAACAUUAUACAAUCUUAUUCAAUAUACAAAAUUUGGCUAUAUUAAUUCCCUAGUAGCUAGAAUAAUCCCAUUGUACCUUUACAUUAUAGCAUCACAUCCUCAGCAGGGACACACAAUUUCAUGUUGAUGAUCUCCUUUUGUCAGUCCUCAAAGCUCACGGCUUCAAGCUUCAACCGUAUAAGAAUGACGGAGCACCUCCACAUGAUGUGGAGGCGCGUCCUCUGCUCUUGGAAGUAGCGCGAACACUUCUUCCAUACCCGGAGCUUCUGUCGUGCUAAGCCCAUUGAUUGCCACACAACUAAGAUGAAGAUCAAUGUAGGCAGAAGAACAAAAAGUAGUCGUAUAUGACUCUUGAAUUCAACAAGUUUAUGAACGAAUACAAUGAAAUAAUGAGGUGGUGUGGUUUAUAUAUAUAGAUGUGGAGAAAUGUGGAAGGAAAGUGGUUGACAGGUGUCAAGGGGAGAUUGGACAGGUGGGGAUGCCAGCUCAGCUGGUGCCAAACUCAAAUUGAAAAGGACUAAUCAAAUUUCAUUCUCAUAGUGAUGAAAUGGACUUAUCAGAAGCCCUGAUAUUCAGGGUGGGAUUUUUGUACUGUAUUUAGAUUAAUCAAAUAUUUUCAGAAUUCAGAUGUUGUUUUCUGCUCUUUGCAUUCAAA